AGGUUUUGAAUAUGCUUCGUCCAGAAUUAGAAAAGUACGCCAAAUUGAGGCGGAUCAGAGAAGGACCGAAGGAUCCGUUGUCACCAGCAUGGAAAGCAUUGCAAAUGAGAAUGAAAGAAGAUUUAGCAGCGAAAGAGGAAGAGCCUGAAUUGAAGAUGGACGUCACUCCUACGGUCAAAAAGUCUCGCAAAAGGAAGUUUAAGGAAGCACUUGAGAAGAUAGAAGACGAUAAUGAGCCAAAAAACAAAAUUGAGCGGGAUAUUCCAGUUAUAGUUCACGAUACUACUUCGGGAGAAGCUACACAUAUUAUUGCACUUGAUUGUGAGUAUGUUGGUGGUGGAACAGAUGGAAGCGACGAUAUUCUUGCACGAGUGUCAAUCGUGAAUCAGGAAGGGAAAAUCGUUUACGAUAAGUAUGUAAAGCCUCGAGAACGCGUCACUGACUUUCGCACUAGUGUUAGUGGUAUUCGGCCGGCUCAAAUCGCCAAAGGGCUACCUUUCGAAGUCGUACAAAGGGAAGUUGCUGCAAUUUUGAAGGACCGUAUUGUAGUCGGACACGCCCUCAAUAAUGACUUCCGGGUACUUUGUUUCCACCAUAAUGCUAAGUUGACUCGGGACACUGCAAAAUGCAUGAUACUGCGAAAAAUGGCUGAUUGUCAUGGUUUUCCUUCUCUAAAAAAGCUGGCCAAAGCUGUCUUGGGUAUUGACAUACAACAAGGAGAACAUGAUUCUAUUGUUGAUGCUAGAGUUGCGUUGCGGUUGUACUUCGAAGUGAGGAAAAAAUGGGAGAACGAAAUCAAGCGAUAUCGUCAUUGAUAACUCGUUUCAUGUUAUCUCUUCG